CCGACCCCAAAAAAAGUUACUCACCAACUUGGGCCUUAAAAAAAAGUAGCGUAUGUCGAAAAGACCAUAACACCCACUGGCAUUUACUUUCCCUUAAAAAAACAAAAAACCAAACAGGAUUCGGAAGAAAAGUCCAUCGAAUCUAAAAGACCAUCAUCCGCUUACAUAAAUCUCAGAGCAGAACACAAGUAAGAAAGAAAAAAGAAGACAACUCGAAACGACGUAGGUUUAAUUCGUUAGAUAGAAAAGAAAAAGGAAAUUCCGAGGAGGAGAAUAUGCCGUUCUCCUCGUAUAUCGGCAACAGCCGCCGUAGCUCCACCGGCGGAGGAACCGGCGGUUGGGGCCAAUCUCUUCUUCCAACAGCGUUAUCAAAGUCAAAACUAGCGAUCAAUCGAAAACCACGAAAACGAACUCUCGUAGUCAAUUUCAUCUUCGCCAACUUCUUCGUCAUCGCACUCACCGUCUCACUCCUCUUCUUCCUCCUCACUCUCUUCCACUUCGGCGUACCAGGACCGAUCUCCUCACGAUUCCUUACCUCCAGAUCCAAUCGGAUCGUCAAGCCACGGAAGAAUAUUAAUCGCCGACCCUUAAACGAUUCCAAUUCAGGCGCCGUCGUUGAUAUCACAACUAAAGAUCUAUACGAUAGGAUUGAGUUUCUUGAUACAGAUGGUGGUCCAUGGAAACAAGGUUGGAGAGUUACGUAUAAAGACGAUGAGUGGGAGAAAGAGAAGCUCAAAAUCUUCGUUGUUCCUCAUUCUCAUAACGAUCCUGGUUGGAAAUUGACUGUAGAGGAGUAUUAUCAGAGACAAUCCAGACAUAUUCUUGACACCAUUGUUGAGACUUUAUCUAAGGAUUCAAGAAGAAAGUUUAUAUGGGAGGAGAUGUCAUAUCUGGAGAGAUGGUGGAGAGACGCUUCACCUAAUAAACAAGAAGCUUUGACUAAAUUGGUUAAGGAUGGGCAGCUAGAGAUUGUUGGAGGUGGCUGGGUUAUGAAUGAUGAGGCUAAUUCACAUUAUUUUGCCAUAAUUGAACAGAUAGCAGAGGGUAAUAUGUGGCUGAAUGACACAAUUGGGGUUAUUCCUAAGAAUUCUUGGGCUAUAGAUCCCUUUGGCUAUUCAUCAACCAUGGCUUAUCUUCUCCGGCGUAUGGGUUUUGAAAACAUGCUUAUUCAAAGGACUCAUUACGAGCUCAAGAAAGACCUUGCCCAGCAUAAGAAUCUUGAAUAUAUUUGGCGUCAGAGCUGGGAUGCUAUGGAAACCACAGAUAUCUUUGUUCAUAUGAUGCCGUUUUAUUCAUACGAUAUCCCACACACUUGUGGACCAGAGCCUGCAAUUUGCUGUCAGUUUGAUUUCGCUCGGAUGCGGGGAUUUAAGUAUGAACUUUGUCCAUGGGGAAAGCACCCAGUGGAGACCACACUAGAAAAUGUGCAGGAGAGGGCAUUAAAGCUUCUGGAUCAAUACAGGAAAAAAUCCACUCUAUAUCGAACUAAUACACUUCUUAUACCUCUUGGAGAUGAUUUUAGGUACAUUAGUAUCGAUGAAGCCGAGGCUCAGUUCCGUAACUACCAGAUGUUGUUUGAUCACAUCAACUCUAAUCCUAGUCUAAACGCAGAAGCAAAGUUUGGUACUUUGGAGGAUUAUUUCAGAACAGUCCGAGAAGAAGCAGACAGAGUGAAUUAUUCUCGUCCUGGUGAGGUUGGCUCUGGUCAGGUUGUUGGUUUCCCUUCUCUGUCAGGUGACUUCUUUACAUAUGCAGAUAGGCAACAAGACUAUUGGAGUGGUUAUUAUGUUUCAAGACCUUUCUUCAAAGCUGUUGAUCGUGUGCUCGAGCAUACCCUUCGUGGAGCUGAGAUCAUGAUGUCAUUUCUGCUAGGUUAUUGCCAUCGAAUUCAAUGUGAGAAAUUUCCAACAAGUUUUACGUAUAAGUUGACUGCUGCAAGAAGAAAUCUGGCUCUUUUCCAGCACCAUGAUGGGGUAACUGGAACUGCUAAGGAUUAUGUGGUACAAGAUUACGGCACCCGGAUGCAUACUUCAUUGCAAGACCUUCAGAUCUUUAUGUCUAAAGCAAUCGAAGUUCUUCUUGGGAUCCGCCACGAGAAAGAAAAAUCUGAUCAAUCCCCAUCAUUUUUCGAGGCAGAGCAAAUGAGAUCAAAGUAUGAUGCUCGGCCAGUUCACAAGCCAAUUGCUGCCCGGGAAGGAAAUUCGCACACAGUUAUACUCUUCAAUCCAUCAGAACAGACGAGAGAGGAGGUGGUGACGGUUGUUGUUAACCGCGCUGAAAUCUCGGUUUUGGACUCAAACUGGACUUGUGUCCCUAGCCAAAUUUCUCCUGAAGUGCAGCAUGACGAUACCAAACUAUUCACCGGCAGACAUCGCCUUUACUGGAAAGCUUCCAUCCCAGCUCUUGGUCUGAGAACAUAUUUCAUUGCUAAUGGGAAUGUCGAGUGUGAGAAAGCUACUCCGUCUAAACUCAAAUACGCUUCUGAGUUUGACCCAUUUCCUUGUCCUCCUCCAUAUUCCUGCUCCAAACUGGACAACGACGUUACUGAGAUCCGAAAUGAACAUCAGACUCUUGUGUUUGAUGUGAAGAACGGAUCACUGCGGAAGAUAGUCCAUAGAAACGGAUCAGAGACUGUUGUGGGAGAAGAGAUAGGUAUGUACUCUAGUCCAGAGAGUGGAGCUUACCUGUUCAAACCAGAUGGUGAAGCUCAGCCAAUUGUUCAACCUGAUGGACAUGUAGUCACCUCUGAGGGUCUGCUGGUUCAAGAAGUCUUCUCUUACCCUAAAACCAAAUGGGAGAAAUCACCCCUCUCUCAGAAAACUCGUCUUUACACUGGAGGUAAUACGCUUCAGGAUCAAGUGGUCGAGAUAGAAUAUCAUGUUGAGCUUCUUGGUAAUGAUUUUGAUGACCGGGAAUUGAUUGUCCGGUACAAGACUGAUGUUGACAACAAGAAGGUCUUCUAUUCAGAUCUCAAUGGUUUCCAAAUGAGCAGGAGAGAAACUUAUGAUAAGAUCCCUCUUCAAGGAAACUACUACCCAAUGCCAUCUCUCGCAUUUAUCCAAGGAUCCAAUGGUCAGAGAUUCUCCGUGCACUCUCGUCAAUCUCUCGGUGUUGCAAGCCUCAAAGAGGGUUGGUUGGAGAUUAUGCUGGACAGACGGUUGGUUCGUGAUGACGGACGGGGUCUAGGGCAAGGUGUGAUGGAUAACCGCGCAAUGACCGUGGUAUUUCACCUUCUUGCGGAAUCUAACAUUUCUCAAGCAGACCCUGCUUCCAACACUAACCCGAGGAACCCUUCGCUUCUCUCUCACCUCAUAGGUGCUCACUUAAACUACCCCAUAAACACAUUCAUUGCCAAGAAACCGCAAGACAUAUCUGUGCGUGUUCCACAAUACGGUUCCUUUGCUCCUUUAGCCAAACCGUUACCAUGUGACCUCCACAUUGUAAAUUUCAAGGUUCCUCGUCCAUCCAAAUACUCUCAGCAAUUGGAAGAAGACAAGCCAAGGUUCGCUCUUAUCCUCAAUAGACGAGCUUGGGAUUCAGCUUAUUGCCAUAAAGGAAGACAAGUAAACUGCACAAGCAUGGCUAAUGAACCAGUAAACUUUUCCGACAUGUUCAAAGAUCUUGCAGCUUCAAAGGUAAAACCAACUUCACUGAAUCUCUUGCAAGAAGAUAUGGAGAUUCUUGGGUACGAUGACCAAGAGCUACCUCGAGAUAGUUCACAGCCACGGGAAGGACGUGUCUCGAUCUCUCCCAUGGAAAUACGAGCUUAUAAGCUUGAACUGCGACCUCACAAGUGAAAUACACACACUUAAGACUGAACGUUGACUAUUUAUUGGCUGGUAUGGCCUCAAACGAUCGUUGACUAUAAGAGGUUGGGCUCAGAAUCGGCUUCUUCUUGUUCACAAAAGCUGUGCCGGGAACAUGAACUGUCAAAAAGAGAGAGUAGAAGCUGGAGCAUCUCUGUGUCCAUGUAAAACUACUGUAAGGCAUUAGUUUUUUUUGGCCGGUUCUUUUUGAGACAAGUUAUAUUAAUUAGUUUUACCAUUUUGCCUGGGAUUAUUAUGUUGUGUGUAUAUAAACUAUAUGUUAUACACAUUCGAUUGAAUUGGAGUGCAAAAGAUAUGGUCCUAACUCCUUAUUCUCUAACUUCAAAUUUAUCUAUGAAGCUUGUGGAAAUUUUUCAUCUUUUAAGUACGUUUUUGCAAUGCAA